AGUAAAAUGACAUAACCUUAAACGUUUUUGUUGACGUUUGAAGGAGUGGUCGAGAGCUCUCGAUACGUUUGAAAAUAUUGGUUGAGGAGUAAAAAGUCGAAUAAUCAUGCAACGAGAGGAGAAACAACUGGAUGCUGCCCUCGACGCGAUCAUCAUGAGGGUCAACGAUCUGAAGACAGCAAUUGCCUCGAUGAUCUUUAAAUUGGAGCAUGAGUAUGAAACACUCAAUUGGCCGAGUUUUCUGGAUAAUUUCGCACUCGUUGCAGGACAUUUAACUAGUCUGUCGAAAAUCCUGGCACACGACAAAGCCCCCAAUCUUCGUAAUUUGACAGUUUUACCUCUCCUUUUGAGUCCUGAGAAGGACGAAGAAUUGAUGAGAAUGACUGAGGGGAGAAUAUCAACUUUUGCUCAUGAUCUAGUCCCUGAUUAUUUGAGGACAAAGCCGGAGCCUCAGGCUGAGCAGAAGAUGAUGCAGUUGGAGGUGAAAGCUGCCAACUUGAGCUAUGAUGCGUCACACAAACAAGUUGCUCAGUACAACAAAGUCAUAAAUCAUGUCUGGGAUAUUGCGAAUAAAGCGAGGGAAGAGUGGGAGAGCGAGGCUGGAGCCAGAACAGCCCAGGCACAGACCAGUAGUCCUGCUGAUACGAAUAUCCUCGUGGCAGCUGUUGGAAUGGGAAAAGGAUUAAAGUCUGAUACAGUACAAAUGGUGCAAUCUGGAGUGAAUAACGUACCCUCGGGGAUGAUAGUGGGACGUCCUGGGAGCCAACCGGGAGCUGGAGGACAGGGACCAAUGGGGAAUCCUCAGAUGGGACAGAUGGGGAAGGCCCCAAGUGCCAUAAAAACGAACAUCAAGGCAGCAUCUCAGAUUCACCCCUAUGGAAGAUAAAAUCUCCUCCAAUUGAAACGUAUUUAAAUAAAAUAAUAAUUAUCAUAUUUAAGUAAUUAUUGGGUGUGUUUUUGAUGAAACGAUUGCGUGAGACCUGGGAGACAAUUUCCGGUUAAGGACUGACACGAUUUUCGUCUCAGGAAAGCCUUGCUCCUCCAACCAACAUUUCCUGUCGUUCAAUACCAAAUAUUCUGCUGGUGCCUGCAGGAGUAGCUGAAGGCCUGUAUAGACCUCUGCUAAUUUUAAUUUAGACUCAUUCUCCCCCCAGAGCUGAUUGAUCUCUGCGUAGUAUUUUUCGUCCAGUUCUUUGCCAUUGAAAUUGUAACGCGAGACGAAAUUCUGGAGAUAAGUUUCGAAAUUUAGACACUUCGAUGACCUCACUGAUUUUCUCUUUGUUUUUGUUAGGUUAAUUUGAUCUGUGGAAUGUAUUGCAAAGGCAAUUCAUUAGGUAAGCAAUAAAUUGAACGGUUAUGUGAGACUUA